GAUGGCGGCCCCUCCGGAGGGACCGGCGAGAGUGGCAACAGGGACACCUGCGUCGACGUCCAUGCCCACACCUGCAGCGGCGACGGCACUUACGUGCAACACAGUAACACCUGCAUCGGUGCGCACACCUCCUUCCACGAUGUCCAGACCCAAGGCGACGAUGUCGCUUUUUCGGACACCUUCGUCCAGGACGGCGACACCUCCUGCUGAUGAAGAUGGAGGUGACGCUAGCCAAGGACAAGAAAGCCGCCGGCGUUCCACUCAGACAGAUGACAACUCGGAACAGACAUGGACUAUGUCUUUCAUUUGCAACGGGGCACCGGGGGGCCAAGAAUUUGCUCAGUAUACAAUAGACAGGAAUUCAACCACGUUUGGUAACUUAAUAACAAUGAAAUCAAAUUUGGGGUAUGGUGCCAGGGACUACUUGUACUAUAAGAGAAGAUGUGGAAAUGCUAUAGCAACACUAAACGAGAUCGAAUAUGAUGUUGAUGCAAAUGCAAUGUUAUCAAGUAAUGCAGAGGAGAGGGAGGUCAGAUUAGUAUUAUCGAGGGAUCAAAUAACAGAGCGAAAUGUGGAGAUAACACCCAUUAGAUUGCCAAGAAUGGCAACAAUUAGUGAAGAUUUCACAGAUGAGUCAAUUAACGAUUACAAGGUGUGGCUUAACAAUAUGCAUGAAGAGGGCCAACGCAUGGAUUUUAAAGAUAUAUGCAGGGAAGACACGGUCAAGACUUACAAAGAAUGGUUAAGAGUGCAAGGGUGCAUAUGA